AUGAGUGAAGAAAUGGAAGUGGACAACUACGAAAGGCAACGCUCGCGUUCGCCAGUGCGUGACUCGAGACGUGAUAGAUCUCGCUCGCCAGCCAGAGGCCCUCCUCGUCGCAGACUCGAAGACAGAAUUGGCGAAAGAGGUGGACGUGGCUUUCGUGGAGGAGACAGGGGAUUUCGUGGAGGCCGUGGGGGCCGUGGGGGUGAUUUCAGAGACCGUGGUCGUUUCGACCGUAGAGGCCCACCAUCCCGUGAUUUUGCUCCUCGUGCCUCCGAGCCCAGAAACCACGAAAAUACCGUUUUUGUGGGAAAUUUGCCAUUCUCGUGUGAAUGGUAUCAGCUGAAGGACCACUUCAAAGAGAUUGGAGAGGUUGUUCGUGCCGACAUCAUUGUUCGUGGUGGCCGUUCCCGGGGAAUGGGCACUGUGGAGUUCCAGGAUUACCAAACCGCGCAGGAUGCCAUUGCAAGAUAUGACCACACCACUUUCUUGGAGCGCGAGAUUUUUGUGCGGAUGGACCAACCUCCUCCAGAGGAGGCUGCAAGACCUGCUCGUGAAGAGAGGGUUCGUGAAAGAGAGCCCAGAGACGCACCCAAGGGCUUUGAGAUCUACGUCGGAAACCUUGCCUACAGAACCACAUGGCAGGAUUUGAAGGACGUGUUCCGGGAUGCUGGAAGCAUUGUCCGGGCCGAUGUUGGGCUUGACCGCAAUGGCCGUUCUCGUGGCUACGGUCUGGUGUACUUCGAGACCAAGGAAGACGCCGACCGUGCCAUUGAGAUGUUCAACGAUUACGAACUCGAGGGAAGAAGAUUGGAGGUCAGACAUCCCCGGUCCCGCCAGGAGCCCGAGGACCGCAACUCAGACUUCAACAGAGGUGUUUCUGGGGACGGUGAGCCCUCAGCGGAGAUCUAUGUCGACAACUUGCCAUGGGCCACUACCAACGAGGAUCUGGUCGACCUGUUUGCCAAUAUUGGCUCGGUAGACAAAGCAGAGGUCCAGUACAACGAUUUCGGCAAGGCGUCUGGAAGGGCUGUUAUCAGGUUCCAGGACGAGGAGAGUGCUGCUUCUGCCAUUGCCAAGUUGGACAACUACGAGUACGGUAGACGCAAUCUCAAGAUCACCUAUGCUCGCAGACCCGAGUCAAGUGCUCCAGCCCAGACCGAAAGUGUUGCCGAGGCUGCUCCUGAGGCUGCCGAGACUACUGAGGCUGCGCCAACUGAGGAUGAUAUCGAGCUAGAAGCUUAG